AUGAAAGUAACUCGUUACGUUUGGAUUACCAAUUUGCCGCCAGCAUUUACGGAAGAAGAAUUACGAGGAGCUUUAAACAGCUACGGGAAAAUUCAAGGUGUAAAAGUUCUUAGUGACGGAGCUGUUGUUGCUUUUGCUGAGACCAAAUCCGCGACGAAAGUUGUCGAGAGUUCCGUAAAACUCCGCAAAAAUAGUCUUAAAAUGCAAUAUUGUGAAUCUCCUGAUGCACUAUGCACCGAUACGCCUCAACAAAGAUGUGAUCAACGGUCGGAUUCGUUGUCGGAUUCGAAGAGUGUGGCUGGUGAAAUUGACACUGAGAGUACUUCUUCAUCCCCGUGUAGUUCACACAGUUCUUCAUCUGCUGCUCAUCAGAAAAGGAGUUAUUCUCCGAUUAAACGUGAUCACAAGAAAGGUAACAGCGGGUCCCAGGAUCGGUCCUCGAAAUACGAUUCUCGUAGCAACCGUCGCCAGGAUGGUCUUCGUGGUCUAAAGAUUACGCAAUUACCCCUUAGGUCGUCUGAUACUAAUCUGCGUGAAGGAUUAUUUCAUGAGUACAAGAAGCAUGGGAAAAUUACUUCUUUGGCCAUAAAAGGCACAGGGUCCAGCCGCUUCGCUCAUAUUACUUUCAAACUCGGUGAGGACGCCGAAAAGGCCUAUGAGCAUUCCAAGGGCAAAGUGUUCUUCGGUGUGUCAGUCCACGCCGAACUUGUCGACGGUCUUGAUAUCGAAGACCCGGAUCUAUGUCCUCCAGAGCACGCCAUGGAUGAAUACCACCCGAAAGCAACAAAAACCCUUUUUGUUGGGAACUUAUGUUCUGCGACUAUUACUGAGGUGGAGCUGCAGCGUGUUUUUCAGGCCUAUGGGGAUAUAAUCGAAAUCGAUAUCAAGACCCAAACAAAUCAGCCUGGAACUUCGUAUGCUUUUGUUCAGUACACGGACAUUAAGAGUGUUGUUCGGGCGCUGAGCGACCAGGAAAGCAUAACGGUUUCUGGGAAGCCCGUGAAAUUGGGUUUUGGUAAGAGCCAGCCCUCCAACGUCGUUUGGUUGGACAAUCUUUCACCCAGUGUUACCGAAACAUUCCUUAUGCGACAGUUUGGCCGUUAUGGACGUUUGAAGGACACCAUGGUGGAUUUGAAACUUGGUCGUGCGCUUCUCUAUUUUGAUACAGUUGAGGCAGCACAACGUGCUUUAAACGAAACGCGAAAUCGUUCCCUGCUGGGGAGAAAGGUUCAAAUUGACUAUGCCACUCUGGAGUGCCAGGUCGCGUUCAUGGAGAAGUUCGGAACAGUUAGCAAUUUCUAUGGGAAGUACAGGGAUAAGUUGCGCGAGAUAGUUGAGGCUUACAUGCCCUAUCUCAAAGUGGAUUUAAUAGACGAACGAAGGAUUUGGCUGCCUUGGUUGGAUCAGCUGACCCGUCGAGGUCUAGCAAAUAUGGAUAUAUUAGAUCAUCUCAUCACUCCAGUUCUCGCAAUGGAUCACCAGUACGAGGAUCUAUAUAUUCAAGGAGUUCGCCUUCUAGGGAAUACAGCAAUUUACCUGGAGCUAGUUUCCGUAGUAGUGGCAGUGGUUUACUCUCAACUCUCAUCGGAUUAUCUAGUUACAAGCGUCAUCCGUGCUCUGGUGACUCACCAAGGGCUUCCUCAACUCGCGAUCGUUCAAGGUAUUCCCAAUGCCGAAAGUCCCUUGCUCCAAAUUCACUUGAAUGCUCCCGGAUGUCGAACGGUGGAGGAUCUUAUCAACAUUCCAUGGGGUACAGUAAUGAUUGAUUCAUCAGUGGAGCCAAAGCAGGAUAAAAAGGAAUCCCGUUCACAUAAGCAGGUCUUAGAGCGUCAAAGAAGAGGUUCAAGUAAGCGGAAGACUUCUCAUCGGAUCAGUCUUGAGCGUCAUCGACACAGGGACGAUCCUCCCUCCCCCCAGCCGAUUUCUAGUCGUCGACAUUUGCGGAACUCAGCUGUGCCCACUCCCGAACUGAGCCAACCUAUGAAAUCUGGUGAGGGAGGUAGUGAUUCUUACAGUGCUACGAGGCGUGUGAGCAAAGGAAAGGCUGCUGAAGUCUCGCGUUCGUUCGGCCAUCAACAGAAAACCGUCAUGUCCACCUGCUCUUCCAAUGGUGAAACACUAACGAAACUGCAGCGGGAACGAAUGGAAUUGUUGAUGAAGUUGUCCAUGGUGCAGACGAAGCACAAAUUUGAGGUCAUAACUUCUGGGUCCUCUACACAGGCGACCUAUAGGAGGGUGAACAUGAAUUCAAUCGGUUCCGCCGUACUGCCGGAAUCGCAACCUAUUCGAAUCCCCACUAAAGUAGGGGGCGACUUUGCUGUCUCCGCAAGCUCAGGUAGUGGAGGGCAAAGUAGUAGUAGUGAUCCUGGUGAUAUCAUGUUCUCCCCCAACAUCGGGCCCCGAGCGUCAUCAGACCGGUCAUCACCAUCCCAAGUCCCACCACCUCCUCCUCCCCCACCUACUCUACCUCCGCCACCACCACCGCCUCCGCCGCUGCCCCUACGACUUUCGUCGGUGGUCGUACCAUCACCAGGUCUACCCACUUCCUCUCUACCCUCUUCCUUCGAUUCAAUCGCCUCACCUCCACCAUGGGAUACACAGCCAACGACAAUAGAGUCCGAUUUACCCCUCCUCGCCGCUCGUUUGCGUUCUCCUCUGUUCUGUUUUGAUCCUCAGAUAUUGCCCGUUUCCGCUCCGCCGUUUACCUCAAAACUGGACGAAAUUCAUCUUUCUUCGCCGAGAAUGACCUCUACCAACUCGCAAAGGCUGUCUCAGGACUCUGAUUCUGAACAAGCUGUUGACGCGCUGGACUCUUCUCUUGAUGAACGAAUUCGACGUUUGGAUGCGAAACUGCAACAUUCGGAGAAAAUCCGACCUACCGUGGAUUACAGCAAAUUCCGCAUACGUCGAAAAAGCGAUCUAAUCACAACAACGGCAACCAAUGCUUCCUCUUCACAAGCCUCCGUGCCUAUCUCCGCUUCUGUCGUAUCGACAGACAUCACAAUGUCUCCUUUGCGGUUAUUCACCAGUCCGACCUCCCCCGAUGUGGUUAGUUCGACCACGUCACCGGGCGUAAGACCCACUGAUACCUCGGAAUUCGUCAAGAGUAUGCUUUCUUCAGGUAGAUCUUCGACAAAGCUCAGCAAUGUGGAUUCUAUCGUCUCCUCGAUUUCUAAUCACACGAUUUCGCGUCACUUUCAUCACUCUUAUUCACCACCACCACAACUACCAACACUUCCAGCCCCUCCUUCGCAGCCUCUUCCUGCUCUCCCUGAGAAGUCCACUCUCUUGAGCCCCAUCACACGGUCUCCUCUCCAUACAGCGUCUCCUACGUGUGGUGGCAGUAGUAGGAUGCCUGAGCAUCUUUCCGACCUAAAACCACCACCACCGCUACUUCAUACAAACGUGCGAUCCUCAACACCUCUACACAGCGCUCCCGUAGAAGUCGCUUCUACUCCAUCACCCUCUACCACGGCAUCUGGUUGUUGUUUGAGCCGUUCUCCGGGUAGAACCAUUGGGAGGGCACUACAAAGUCCAGGAAUUAGGCCUAUUUUGAAGAAGGAUAAUGUUAUCACUGCAACUAUCGCCUCAACGCCUAAGUCGGUGUCGCGAUCAAAGGAGGUGCAGAACUGUACCCAAAUGAAGGAUCUCUUCCCCCCACAACCGGCUCGGACUAUGCAAAUCGUGAAAAAGAAAUCCCAACAAGCGGUGUCAUCGGAAGCGAUCGAAAAAGAAUCGAUUUUUCCGGCAAUUUCCCCUUCUUUGACAAGGCCGCUCUGCAAUGGGUCUGUUGGCCAUAAGAGAUUGUCUGCCCCCUCUGCGCCACACCUCUCGCCCAAGUCACCGAAGAUUUCAACUUCAAAAUUGAAAUCCUGUGAAGCCGGCAAAACGGAUUGUUUGUCAAAAUCGGCAUCUGAAGCGAAGGAGGGAGAAGAAGCUAUUUCCCCUAAACCUAAGAAGAUGUGUGAAGAUUCUCAAAUUCCUGUAAAGUCGUCCAAAAGGCAACUUGUUCCCCCACCCACUACUCCUUUUGAGCGUAAUAAACUUCACUUCAAGAAACUCGCCAAAGUUCAGGCCACUCCUGGUGACAAAAAAUCGCAUAGCACCAUCCCUACUUCAAAUCCUUCUUCAAAAUUCCUGAAGUCUCCGGCUGGCCCAGAGUGCCGAACUGCCACUUCGAAGUGUGAUUCCUGCACAAAGAAAAGGCGACUAAAGAGGAAGAGACAGGAGAGCGAUGAAGAAGAUUGGAAGCCCCAGGGUGGUCUAGAUUCUAUAAAAGUCGAAGACAUUGGCACAGAUGGAGUGCUUUAUGAAACGAUGUAUGAUAAGAUCAAGCGCAGGGGUAAUAAGGGUUAUGUGAAUGACCGUCCAGAAGCUAAACCAGAGGCGCUCAAAUCUCUGCUCAAUUCUAGAAAGCACAAGGUUGGAGGGGAUACUAAGGGUGUGGAGCAGACGGCCUACGAAUCGGAGAAAAAUUUAGAUGCUAAUGAAGCACAAAAUGUUCCAAGUUCAAGGCGACUCAGCAAAAAGCCACCUCAUUUGACGCCCGAGUCUUCUGAACCUAUGCGUCCUGUAAAGUCGUUUAAAAAAUCUCGAUUAAAGCGACCUGAAAGCGAGGGUAAUUCGAGCUCCGAAUCUGAUAAUCACUUAUCAGUUGAGGUGUCGUCAAGUAGGCUAAAGAAGGUUUUGUCUGUGUCACGCAAACGUCGGGUAGUUGGAGACCCCAAGUUUGGUAGUCCAUCGACCAAGUCUAGGAAGACUGCUGUGAAACGGCGUGUGGCCCGCAAAUUAGUCACACUUUUCUCUAAUUCAAGCGACAGUGAUUCCGACUGCUCGCCCUCGACCAGAAAUCUCCCGAGGGCCUUCUUUCCGGAGCGCCGUCGUUCAACCUCAAGAUCUUCGUCAACUUCAUCGACUCCUCAGAUCAGCCGAUCCUGCAGUCCUGCCGUCAUCCACGAAUGUGGCAGCAGCAACGAUAAUAAGAACAAUGAUGAUGAGACUGGGGACUCCGAAGAGACUGCAAUUGAUGCAUUACCUCUGCUUGAAAAACAAAUAAGUAGUAAUGUCGAAAAUGAGGAAGAGGAGGUGAUAGCGGCUCCGGGGAUGGAGGUGUCUUCAUCAUCACCUCCGGCGUUACCGGCAACCGAAACGUUAAAACCGGAUAAUCUCACUGUUGUGAAGCAGGAGGAGGACGACGUGGUGGUGGAGGGAGAAAAGGUGGCAAAUUCCGAAAUCUGCACUGUCGUCAAGCCAUCUCGAUCAUGUGGAGGUGGCCUUAUCCUCACCUCCCCCUUAGUGAAACCGGUUGCUGUAACGAAAGCGGAGGAACUGGGUGAUUUUGAGGAAUCGGGUCUUGCACUACUGUCGUCUGCAGCGGAAGCCGAGGCAAUGAAACAAGAGGCAGAGGAGCUGCAAAAACCAGCCCUUUUGUCACCAAAGCCUUCGGUGCAGACCCAACCUCUUACGCUAACUCCCCUUUCCAUCAUCCCAACACCCGCUUCUGCAAGCCAGCAACACAUUACUUUGGUUGUCAACACAAUCAGCAACGCUUCAUCAACAUCUCAAGACCCUGCCUCUACCUCCUCUACUUCUAAGGGGCAACCUACUUUCGUUUUGACACCUACCUUUUCACUCGUCACACCAGUUGCUGUUCCCACCGACAAUAAGCAGCUAAUUGUUAAUCGAACUCCUCUACCCCAAUCUAUUUCGGAUCCACUGCCACAGAACGAGGCGCCUGCCACUAAGCCCUCCUCUUCCAAUACGACGGAAUUUGUGCAGCAUAUAAUCGAGCAGGUGACACAGCAGAAGAAGGAGGAGAGUUCACAGAGCCAGGAGAAAGUGAAACGAGCUAAAAAGUCGGCUCAGCAGAAUAGUUCACAUAUUUCUACAGUAGCGACGGUGAUGGCAACAUCGUCGGCCAUUCGUUCACUUCCUGGAUCCUCGCACAAGCCGUCUCAGGCGGCGUCAGCUUCAGUGCCUUCACCGCUUCAACCGGCCCCAAUAUCUGUGGACCCUUACGAGCCGAAUUUCGACGAGCCAGAAGUUAUGGAGCUGGUGCAGGCACCGAACAAAGAUACUGUGGCUGAAGUAAUAAACUCUGUGGUACAUGGGGAAUUCGAGCAAAAGGACUAUGUGCAGCGUUUGGUGAACGGAACACGAGUGCCCCUCUCUGGACAUAAUUCCAUAAGGGUCACUACAAGUGAGGUGGUGGCGCCGGUAGUGGCCUCCGCUAGACCGGCGCUUAAUUCUACAUCACGAAUUAGUCCAUUGCCACCACCGCAGGAGUUGUUGGCGGCUUCGCAACAGCCUGUCGGAAUUGCUUCAAAUUCAUUGUCAUCACCAAAGUCGUCGCCAUCAGCUUUGUCGAAUGUCUUGGAUGUGGCACCGGUAACAGGUUUUGCCGAAGAUCCCAGAUUCCUGUCGAGAACUAUUCAAACACCGUCUACUAUUGUUGUGACAUCACCCGAACCACCACAGGUACAACAGCAACCACCCCAGCAAUUGGUGGAGCCUUCACCCCUUAGUGAACGGUCGUCUAUCCCCACAAACAUCCUCAGUCCAUUGCAAGUCUUCACUUUGAUGGCCCCAGCAAAUGCCAAAUCUUCUGAGGCAGUACCUCAACAGAUCUCCCCGCAGACACAACCGCAGUUGCAAGAAAUUGCUGCCUGUCUGGCCAAGAAUUACUUCACUCUGCUUAGUCAAGCACCACCGCCACAGGCUUUCGUGGAUGCCGUCGACUCAGCGAACAAAAACUCACCGAACUCGGUGCAUCCAGCCGCCCCACCAUCGUCAACUACACCACAAAAAACCGCAGAGUUCUACGCUGCUGCCACCAUGGCUGCGAUGGCCGCUAUGUCGCCCUCGCCCUCUGAGGCAGCUGCGGCGGCGGCGGCAGCAGCAGCAGCAGUGGCGGUUGCUGCUUCUUCCCCCAAGCAUCCAGCUCAUUUCUCGCCUCAGCUGCAACCUCUGCCUGCCAAUUUUUGGUGGCUGGACCCUCAGUUCCUUGAGGAUAAGCUGCAGUUGGUGUGGCGAGGUUGCAUGUCCUUGAAGAACGAGCGGGCGUCAGUGCGAAUGCUCUACCUGGCGGGCAACCAGGACUUGAUUCGAACCUGCUUGCAACUGAUGACGGCGGUGAGCGACGAAACAGGUGGGGCGGCCUGGGCGUUGCGGAUAGCCCAGCGGAUGCGGUUAGGGAACUCGCAGCUAGAGGCGGUACAGUGGAAGUUGCGCGAGCCUGCCAACUACUGCAUGUGCCUGGCUCUCGCUGCGGGCUCUCCGCCACCCCCACCCUCCACCAACACUGCCCCCACCACUGCUACCAUUUCACAACGGGCCUAUAUGGAAGAUAGCUACUUCGCCCAGCAGAACAUGAUCUUGCAAAAUGUCAUCACUUACUUGCAGGACAAAACGGCUGCUGGCAUUAUCAGCUGUCCCUCUUCCCAAGAGAACCCCUUUGUGAUGCACAUCUUCCCGCCGUGUGAUUUCACAACUGCUCAGUUGCGAUGUCUCUCGCCAGAGCUGCAACAGACCCUGACGCAGAGUGCAAUACCCUUUAUGCUUAUUGUUGUCCCUGCACGUAUCUGCGCGCUUACGUGCGCGCAUUUGCGUACACCGUCUGUUUAUCGAUCGCGAGUCUCAUUGGCUGACGGGGUCCGUGACCUUGCCGUGUGGGUACGCGUAAUCGUGUUUUGCGUGCGCGACCGUGGCAACGAGUCAAUAUAUGUGCGUGAGCGCGCUUCCAGCGUUGCCGUGACUACCGCUACCAACGCAAGCAGAAGGCUGCGGAGACGGGAUCGGCGCUUCGCACCAACUGUCGUGCAAAAGAACUGGUGCGGGGAGGACUGCCCGCAUGGCCUAGAGGCCAGUCCGCCCGGCGGACGUACAGUGGCGGCGCCCUAA